UUUACUUUAAUAAAUUUAUGCCAAAUCCAUAAAAAAAAUACUCUAUUGGAAGAUCUUUAAGAAAACGAAGAAACUAUGGUGAAUCUAAUUGAGGAGCCUUGUCAAGUAUGUGGGGAUGUUGGCGUUAAGGAUUACAUAAUGACUUGUUUCAGUUGCAGAAAAGUCAGAGAGCAUAUCUACUGCGCAAGAGUCUGUUUGCGAUCUGUCCCCCACAUUUGGCUAUGUGAAGUGUGCAGAUCCCCAGCUCGCGUAUCGCAAAUAUCAAAUCUUAAAGACAACUCAUCUAGUAACGUUAAGGAAGAAAUUUCUACACCGGUUCCUCAACGUAGUACUUCAGAUGGGGGCCCUAUAAUUCAUCAGCCUCUUCAUGGACUCAUGUUGCUGUCACAUUCAUGUCCUGAUAAAGCUUCUUUGGUGUCCACUGAUACAUCUCUAAUCAAGAAACAUCGACCAAAAGUUUUGGAUUUUCCUUCUCCAAAAAGAAAACGUAGGACGGUUCGGCUUGCAGAAGAAGAUAUUGGAAAAACUAAACUUCAAAGACCUCAAAGCCCACAUUCUUGUGCAUUUCAUCGAAUUGAUUAAGUCAUUUUUCUCCAGAGCUUCUUUGAUGUAGUUGCUUAAGUCUGUAACUAAGAUUUAUUUGGGUUUUAUUUUUCUUGGAUCUCAAGUUACUUUUCAAGCUAGGUAAGAAUAUAAUGGGCUUUACUGACAUGUGACUUGAUCACAUUGACAAUAUUCCUCAUUCUUACUUUAUUUCUUGUUAUAAUCCUGAAAAUUUGUGUUUGGUUUAGCA